CAAAUGUGAUCAUGAAUGUCUUGGAAAAUAUGUAAACAAACGAUCUAGAGCAGGUUGACAUAAUGUAUAGACGAUUUAGGACGGCAGAAAAUCAAAGUAAACGGGAGAAAGAGAAAGCUCAGAGAACCAUCAGUGCUUGCUGGGAGCUUGUUGAAGAACAAUGUAAAAACAAUGUUCCUGUCAUUAAGUCUCCAGAGGAAGUGGAGGAGGGACCGUGGAGAAUUGUGAGAGUGUUUGUGUCAUCAACCUUUACAGAUUUCUUUUGUGAAAGAGAAAUCCUUGUUAAAAAGGUGUUUCCAGAGCUGAGAGAGUGGUGUGAGGAGAGGCACAUCCGCCUGGUGGAGUGUGACUUAAGAUGGGGAGUUCCUAAGGAUACAAAUUCGGAGGAAACCAUUCGCUGCUGCAUGGAGGAACUAGACCGGUGUCAUACUGAGACCAAUGGCUGCCCAUUUUUUCUUAAUUUGUUGGGAGAAAGAUAUGGGUGGAUACCGGAGGAGAGAGACCUGGGAAAUGACGUAAAAGAUCAGUACAGGUGGAUACCGAACACAUCGAUCACAUUCAUGGAGAUCUUACACGGAGCCUACAGGUCUUGCAAUCCCAAUGCCAUGUUUCUCCUUCGUAAUUCUGCUGUUGUCAAUGAAAUCCCAGAAGAUUUUCAAAAAAGAUUUGUAGACAAGGAAAUCUUAAGCAAGUGUCACAUGAAGGAGUUGAAGAAGCAGCUAAAAACAAAAUUUCCAGAUCAGGUUUUCGAAUACGAUUGCAAGUGUAGUGGAGUUUUAGAGAAAGCAGGGAGAAAAAGGGUAAUCCUGGAAGAGCUGGACACUUUUGCAGAGAUAGUGUUGAAGUUUUUAAAAUCACGUAUAUCCCAGUUUUAUCCCGAGUUAGACAAUCUUACAACAGAGGAAGAAACAGAAAACCAAGAGCAAAAGAAUUUUCUGGAGAGGAGAAGCCAUCUUGUUAUUGGUCAGGAAAGAUUGAUUGAUAAGCUGUUGUCAUAUGCCAAAGGGGAGGACCCAGCUGAGCUAAAAAUAGAAGGAGAAAAGUCUGCAUUUGUCAGAGAUCCCGAAUUUUGGAAAGCUGAAGAAGAUGAUAAUUUGAUUCUUUGUUUGUCCGGUGCUGUUGGUCAAGGAAAAACAUCAUUGUUAGCGAAGUUGGUAGAAAAGGCGUUUGAGAUUGGAUUGAAAGUUUUUUACCAUUUUGCCGGGUUUUCGGAAACAAGUGACCAAGCAAAUAUAUUGCUCAGGAGAUUGGUGGAAUUCAUCCGCGGUGAAAGUACAGAUAUUCCAAAAGACACCUACGAUAUCACAGAAUUCUAUAUGAAACUAAUGAAGGAAGAAUUUGUAAAAUUACGCCAAGACAACGCCCAAAUACUGAUUGUCCUGGACGGCAUGAACGAGUUAGCGGAGCGGGACGGGUACAGACAUUUGAGCUGGCUGCCUCCUAGUUUCCCUGGUAAUGUCCGCGCCAUCGUCUCCACAUCAAGUGAUCACCUUCCCACAUUACACCGAUUAAAGGAACACCCCUGCUUCCUCGUGGAUCUUCCUGAUUUGGAAAAAUCAGAUGCCAAAGAGAUCGUUACUCAGUACUUGUCCACGUUUAACAAGAAACUCGACAAGGAGCAGAUGGACCUUAUUCUAUCGAAUCCCAGUUCGUUGAAUCCGUUUUGGCUAACUAUUCUAGCUGAACAAUUAAGAACUUUCGGAGAUUUCAGAACUCUGGACCAGCACAUAUCAUCCCUCUCUGGUUCCGUGGCUAGUCUCCUGCAGAUUACCAUUAAGGAUCUAGUAUCAAAUGACGACAGUUGGAAAAUGGAGAAGGCAUUAUGUAUCCUAACCUUGACACAGGGACUGCCGGAAGUUGACAUACAAAACAUUUUAGGGGACAUUGAUAUACAGGAACCACUCCCUACUCUGUACUGGUCCAAACUUCGCAGGGCCCUAAAGCCCCUCAUUUACACAGGAGGUGCAAACAGAAAUAUCAGAUUCAUUCAUGGAGCCUUUUACGACAAUAUAGAGAAGUUAUACCUGGACGAUAGAAAGACCCGGAUCAUGUACCACACUCUUAUAGUCGAUUAUCUGCUGUCAUGGUGCACAAAUGAUGUCGUUAAAAGAUUGAAAGUACCGCAUCACUGUCAAAGAGCAGAAUUAUAUGAUAAAUUGGUCGACUUUAUGCAUCAUUCUGAGAGUGCUUCAGCAUUCAGCGACAACAUGAGAAGCAUGAUUUUACAGUCUACCCGGUGUAUGCAAAUAGCAGAUCCAGUUUUACAAGUUACCAUGCCAGUGAUCACGUGCCGAGGCUGCUCCAAUGCAUAUCGAGGAUUCUCCACCAAGCAUUUCCCGCUAAAUAAAGACGCAUGCGUCCUUUGUGGAACACAUGUUUUCGGAAAGGCUGGGUCUGAAGCUUAUCUGUGUAUGAGACACUCCCUUGGACAGAGUAAGCUCUUAGGAAAAUGUUGCUUGUGUGACAUGGCAAUCCGAAAAGAUGAAAAUGGCAAGCUAGCGGAUUUCAUGGGGUGUCAGGGCAAGCUGUGUAGAUUUUGCUCGUUUGGAAACGGAGCUAAGCGGUGUUCAUAUGUAGGUAAAAGGAAAUGAUCUUUUAUAUGUUUAGCAGGUCUGGAAGUUAUAAAACUUUUUCAUACUUAAACUCUAACCCCGUGCUAACGUACUCAUACUCAAAAGUGAAGGUAAUAAAACUUUUAUAACACCAUUCUCAUCGUCAAAUGGAGUACAUGCUCAAGAUUUUUUGAGUAUGCUUCGGAUCUUGCCCAGAUUACUCGAAACAAACAUGGCUGCGCAUAGACGAAUUUAUCUCCGUCUGCUCUACAAAAUCAACAACAAAGACGUUCCAGGUUACUCGGAGAAAGUUUGAAUCCACCGGAAGUGUGUGAUGAGGACGAUUUGAUCGAUAUAUACAUAUCAGUGCAUUAUAAUGUGUAAAACAAGCAUGCCAAUUCUAUUUUUCAAGUCAAAUUUUCUCAUACAUGUACUAUGGAAAUUAAUAUGAACAAAACAUGCUUUCAUUUUUAAUUUAUGUAUAUAAUUUUGAUAUGUAAUUUUUACGAUACGAAGAUUGUGAUAGGGGGUGUCUACAUUUUGUUUUGCACAAACAUAGGUUUCAAAAUUGCUGCUUUAGAUGGUAAUCAGUAAAUCUGAAGAACAUUUAUCAAAGUAGUUAUUAGAGUUCGGAAAAUUACAAUACUGGCAUAAACCUAACAGUACAAGAAUUUGAAACUGAUCACUUACCACAAUCUUUAUAAGAGUUAUGAAUGUGGUGUAUUACUGCUUAUGAAAUACAUAUGCAGUCGGCCUACCCUUCGAUUUAAUUGAUUAUGACGUCACGUGCAAUGAAUUCUUGUCACAGUUAAUGUAAAUUCACUUUCAAAGAUGUACAUCACAGUUGUUGAAUGUUUGAGAGUAAUGGUGUAUAACUUGUUGAAAUGUUGAAUAUUUAGAAUUACUCUUGACUUUUACUCAUGUCAUUUUUAUUUUAUAUACAUAUAUUUAAUUGUUGAUCCGUCCUUGGAUAAUUUUUAAUACCACUGAGAGUUGUGCAAUAAUAUUUUUGGUCUUUUAAAGUCACACUGCUUUUCAGAACUAUACAUAACUAUGGUAUAUAAUUGUAUAUUAAAAGGAUAUUAAUUUCUAAAUAAAGUAUAUGUAAAUUG